AUGCGAUUGGAGGAGAAGCGCAAGCGCGCCAUCGUGGAAGCGCAUCGCUUCCUCAUGAUCGCGGCGAACCCGUCGACACACGCAUCCAAAUCAUUUGGGGCAUGCGAUCGUCAGAUAACCGCAUUGUCGUCAUAUGCGCGAGCUGCCCGCUUGUCGAUCGGAAAUUUAUUCACUCGCAAAAUGGCGACUGUUACAGCAAACAACUUGUGUCCAUGGCCAAAUAGUCAAGAUGAUUAUGAAUUACGUGAUGUUAUUGGUGUCGGGGCCACGGCUGUCGUUCACGCAGCUUAUUGUGCCCCACGUAGUGAGAAAUGUGCCAUAAAACGUAUAAACUUGGAGAAAUGGAAUACAUCAAUGGACGAAUUAUUGAAAGAAAUACAGGCUAUGUCAAGCUGCAAUCAUGAGAAUGUGGUGACAUACUAUACUAGUUUUGUAGUGCACGAUGAACUGUGGUUGGUUCUGAGGCUCCUUGAAGGAGGUAGUUUGCUUGAUGUGAUAAAACAUAAAAUGAAAGUUGCCAAUUGCAAGCAUGGAGUAUUUGACGAAGCAACUAUUGCUACAGUUCUCAAGGAGGUCCUCAGAGGUUUAGAAUAUUUUCAUAGUAAUGGACAAAUUCACAGGGAUAUAAAGGCUGGAAAUAUAUUGUUAGGAGAAGACGGGACGGUACAAAUAGCUGACUUUGGAGUAUCUGCGUGGCUGGCCACGGGCAGAGAUAUGUCGAGGCAGAAAGUACGACACACAUUUGUGGGCACUCCUUGUUGGAUGGCACCAGAAGUUAUGGAACAAGACCACGGAUACGAUUUUAAAGCCGACAUCUGGUCGUUUGGCAUAACUGCAAUAGAAAUGGCGACGGGUACCGCUCCUUACCACAAGUACCCUCCAAUGAAGGUUCUGAUGCUGACACUGCAGAAUGACCCGCCCAACUUGGACACUGGUGCCGAUGAAAAGGAGCAAUAUAAAGCUUACGGAAAGACUUUUAGGAAAAUGAUAAUAGAUUGUUUGCAAAAAGACCCUUCGAAAAGGCCAUCGGCUACAGAAUUACUAAAACAUCCAUUCUUUAAGAAGGCGAAGGACAGAAAGUAUUUGACACAAACUCUAGUCGCUAUCGGCCCUAGUAUGGAAACUAGGGUGCAUAAGGCAAGUAAACGUUCAACCGGUGCCUCAGGCAGAUUACAUCGUACCGUCACCGGUGAAUGGGUGUGGAGUGAAGAAGAAGAAGAACAGCAACAACAGCCUGUUGAGGCCCCGGACUCUGAUGAGGAACCGUUCUACACUGAUGAUGAACGGCCAAUGAACCAGCUGCAGAAAGCUGACUCCAGUGGCAGUGAGAAUGAGGGAGAGGAGCCGUCCAAGCAGCCGACGCAGAAACAGCAGGAAAGCGCCAAGAAUCUCUUCGGGUUAAGAUCUGUUGACGGAGAGCCUCCAGUCAUUAACUUAGUAUUACGAUUACGAAAUUCCCGUCGCGAGCUAAACGACAUUCGUUUCGAGUACAUAGUGGGCAAGGAUACCGCGGAAGGCAUUGCUAUGGAGCUGGUGGGAGCGGGUCUGGUAGACCCUCACGACUCGGUGCCCAUUUCUGUGAACCUGGCUAAACUGCUCGAUGCCCAGGUCUCCCCUGGACCCUCGCCUCCUAAAGCGGUUACAUUCCAUUUGAACUCGGCUGGUCCCAACGAACAGUUCGACGACAAAGCACUGAUAGGAUUCGCGCAAAUAUCAAUCGUUGAGUGAACAAACCUCGGUUGAUACGUAUCUUAGGGCAAUGUGAUUGGUGGCCGGCGUUAGCUAAAUGUACUUGUAAAAUUGUUAUGGUGCUAAAAUGAAAAGGCUUCAUAAAAUGACGGUAAUUUCCAACUGUAUUCUUUAUUUGAAUUGGCCAUAUAUUUUUCCAUCGAGCCAAAGAAUUUUUAGUCUUAAAACUUAAUUAACCAUUCGGUGAGUAGUUGGUAAGAUAUUUGUUGUUUUGUUACUACGUAUGCCUUUGCAUAUUGGUAGAGUAUAAAAUUGUUUUAUUGAUUUAUAAUUUUUACUGUAUGAAUGAGUCGUCGUUUUAGCCACGGAUGUCCGGUAACUAGGUAUUGUUAGCGCUAGCAACUUUACUAUACAUAUCUUCACGUGUUCCUUGCAUCAUAGACUUGAAAGCAUCAUUCAGUAUUUGAUAUUCUACUGGUUAGAUUCAUAAGUCCUUUAUAACAAUAUCAUGAACGGUCCGGCCUAACCGGCUUUACAAUAGUCUCUAAAGCAUCAUUAUUUUCAAAAGAUAUGAUUUAUACUUAUAUUAGUGGAUAAUGUACAAAGAUUAAUCAUUGAAAUACUAUACGUAAUUUUGUUACUACUGAAUAUUUUUGUUUUUGUAAGUGAUUGUAAGUGUAGAAGUUUCUGUGAGGCAGUGUGGAGCUCUCCUUGUGCCUUGCUGUAGACACGUCGAUGUCCUGUCGACUGGAUCCAGGUUAAACCUCAUUUCAUGCAAAUAGGCGAAAUUCAUGUAGUACUUCUUGCCACGUCUGAUGUCAAUUCUGAAUAAAAACAGUUUUUAAUGUAGUUAUUUCCACUGUUAGCCAUAUGCCAAGAGCAAUUUAGAUUAAGAUAGGAUACAAGAAAACCAUUUAACCUAUAUACUCUUGUAUUCUUAUGUAUCGAGAUCUGAAUAUUAAAUCAUAAUGCUUAUGUUAGUGUUGAAGUGGUCUAUGAAUAUUUUUCUUUACAUUCCUUCUUAUUAUUGCUACUUAAAACAUUUUAGAAAAGCUUAUUGUCUAAAAGAUAUCUACUGAUUUAUUUAAUUACGGUGUGUAAUGAAUCAAAUUGUUUUAUGUUCUAAUAUGUAUUUGACUACUGAUUGAAACGAGAAAAAAAAAUAAAGCCUACUUUUUUUGCCGCUGUAUAAAAAUAUGACUGAAUCAUUUUUCAAUUAGAUGAUAGUUGUGACUUGUCUUCUGAGUGUGCUUUCAGACUAGCGUAUUUUUAUCUGCGUGUCCGUCCGGUUACAGCACACGUUUAAAAAAAUCUAGCUCGUACACAAUCUUAUUUACACCUUUUCGCUCGUACCGAGUAGCAGUGGCGGUAUUAUCAUACAAGCCCAAAAGAGCAUUUUAGCAUGCCUUGCUAAAAUGCUCAAUAGACUCAAUAAAGAAUCAAUAUCAAACGCGAACUAUUUAAAAGUUCGCGCAAUUUAAAAUCUUUACUUAUCGUAUCUGACUAUCUUCUAUCACUUAGCUCCGAAAAACCAGUUAAUUUCUUCAUUAAAAUCGACGCCUGAUCUGGGUAUUUCUCAGACUAGUAAAUCGCAUAAACGAAAAUUUAAUAGAUCAGUGUAUAAAACUGGUUGGAUUGUUAUUGGAACCUAACCUAACCAGUAGUUUAUGAAAAAAUACCACAUGCAUACUCAGUCGAAAACUGAACUUUCUUUUUUGAAUUCGGUUAAAAUUUUAUUGGAAACCCUAGGCACGCCACUGCCGAGUAGUUGUCAGUUAAAUAGCACAUCAAUGAUUGUGCAAGCUACGCGUUCGGGAAACUUUCUCGUAUGCGCUUGCAAAACAGAGCGUAUAAUCUGCUAGUCUGAAACCGCACGUAUAAUCGUAUUAUUAUCUAGAUAAUAUUUAUUUUUUUCAUUUUAUGAAAUUGUUUCUGUUCUUUUAUGCAGUAUUUAAUUUGAUAACUAUGAAUUAGUAUUUGUCUGUCAAGUUUACAUUGUGUUAUAUCAAUUGUGUUAGACGCAUUUUAUUUCCAUAGUGCACCAGUGAUAUGCAGUAUUAAAUGCACCAUGUAAACAUUGCUUUGUAAUGUAACAGAAACAACCACCUAUAAAGGUACUUUUUAAAGCUAGCUGCCGCGACUUCUUUUUAUAUAUACAACAAUUGGCAACUGUUUAGAAUGCCAAAUUCUUUAUAUUAAACCUUAAAACCUUCUUUUCACUAUGGGAUAUCAAAAUAUAUUACAUCCUGAGAUAUAAAAGUGUAUCGCUCGUCAUACGUUUUACCCUGUGCUAUAAAUUACAUCCCGGACUAUAAAUAUUUUUUCAAAAUGUAUGACGAGCGAUAAAAUAUAUAUUAUACCUCAGUAAAUAAUAUAUUUUAUAUUAUAUCCCAUAGUAAAAAGCUAGCUUAAAGGUGUGUUUUGAAUGCUAGCUAGCGACUGCAACUGCCAACCGCAAAUGUCGUAAUCAGCCGCAGCUGCACUACUGGUUGUAUGUAUUUCCAUGAAACCGUUUUGGAUCGAAGCGGCAGCAGCACGUGCAGUCGCCCUCGGAUAUCGACUGAUUUCAUGCAGUCGUAGUUGUUUUAUAAAAAGAAUUCGGCAUUCGAAAAACUUGUCUAAGUUUGAAUGAACUUUUUUAUGAUUUAUAACUAAAAUUAUUGUAACAAUAAUUGACUCCCUACAUAUUACAGGGUAAAACCGUUUCGUCGUAUAUAUAAUGCCUGAUUCCCAUAAUGGCACCCGGUCUCCAACCUAGCAAACAAUCCAUUCCUCUAAAAAUUUUACUUCGAUUUUUCAUGUCAUUUAACUCGUUUGAUGAGUUGGUAAAAGUUGGUCAUUUGGAGAAUUUGCCACCGUAUGAAUUAGUGCUUUCACAAAUCAGGCGUUUUACUACUUAGUCCUUUUGAGAAUUAGCUGUUUCGGGAAUUAGUCAUUUUUGCAACUGUGUUCCAUUUUGCGAAUUAUGCAUUAUACGACUGAACGGGUAAAACGAUUUUAAAUGCUUGUUUCUAUAUUUUCUGUUUAUUUAUUUCUUAAUGAACAAAAAUGUUGCAUUUAUGUUUCUGGUAUAAAAGCAUUUAAACUUCCGAAUUAUUAUAUUACUUCAAAGAAUGUUUGAUGAAUAAACGAGAUUUUAUGCAA